UAAUAGCCUCCACAGACUCCGGCCCUGAUAAGGCGCCGUCUGAUCCUUCUAGAGGUUGCUGCAUAAAUAUAGAACCUUUCACCCAAGCAGUACUGAGCUUAGAGUAACGGAUCAUAUUAGACCACUGAUACCGGCACACGACUUCUUAGACUGGGCCAUAUAAUGCAUAUCUGCAAUGGACCCAGUCAGUCGUCCAAUAUCAUGGUCCCGUUGUUUGACCAAGCUGAUAUCAAUAUUGGCAUCACACUACAGCACGCCAACUAUGCUUUCAUCGCUAUAGCAUGUCUAUGGGUUUACGACUUUGCUCUCACCCUCGAUAAAGAUGCCGCGUUCAUACUGGACGCUCCAUGGCGGAUACCCAAACUGACCUAUCUUACCUCCCGAUACUUACCAUUUGCAUUGGUCGUCACCGAUAUGUUUCGAAUUUUACAGCCUGGACUUUCCCUUAAGCUCGAUAAAUCUCAGUCCUGCACAACUUUGUUUGCGUUCAAUACAUAUGUUGGAGGAAUCGUACUGUUUUGUGCAGAAUCACUCUUUAUACAGAGGGUUUUGGCGGUGACGGGUCUCAGACGGCUAAUAGUAGGUUGCAACAUUGUACUCUUCCUGGUCCCAGUGGCGGUGACACUUACAUUGUACAACUCUUCCUCCCCGGUCAUGCAGUCACCUAUUCCAAAAGUUGCAAGUUGCUAUGACAGCAAGCAGAGUCGCAUUGUCAUUGUAGCCUACAUUUUGCUCGUCAUCGUAGAAAUAGAAAUCCUCAGUUUCAUGUUAUACCACUCGUGGAAUCUUUAUAGAGAACAUAGAAACGACAUACCCCUUGUACGGGCCCUGGUCAGACAUAACUUGCUUUACUUUGCCUGUGGGCUUUUAUUUUCCACCAUGGCCGUGGUCGUCGUGCUUACUCUUCCCGCAUCGUACUCAGAGGCGAUAUCAGGUUUACAGUUCAUGAUACACGGAAUACUAGCGACACGCCUGCACCGCGAGCUCUACAACACAGCUCAUCACGAGACUUCCACCGGGAAUGUGUCCCUUCCUCUUGUAUUUGCGCCAGCUUCGUUGGAGAUGCAACCUGAUCCUAGAGGUCCUUCUUCUCUUUAGUAUCCUAGACCAUACUAGACCGAUGAUUUUUAGAUAGAUCUUCUCGGUUGGUAAGAGUAGAUACUGCGUGUAACACCCUUUCCUGCA